CACCUCCUUCAUCGUGAAAUAAAACGAGAAUUCACUUCUGCAACAUCUUGAGAGAGAAAGAGAGAGCUCUAAAAAUGGAGGAUUUCGGUGGCGCAUUCGGUACGGAAGGAGGAGAGGGGAUUCAGGCGGCUACGUCUCAAAACAACGAUGGUUACGAAACGGGCCAAAACUACGGGUUCGAAGGACCUCCUGCCGAUGACCUUAACAACGUACUCGACGUUCCUCAUCCGCCUUCCUAUCAUCAAGAUGAAACGACGUAUUCUCCUGAGAAUUUUGGAGGAUUCUCUUCAGCGCCCCCCUUUGAACCGGAAUCAAAUGGCAAUUCCAAGCCGUACGACUUAGGAACUGAUACUGAAGGCAUAUUCACGUCUUCUGGUAAUGGUGAUAGCGGUGGCGGCGGGCCGCUACUUCCUGAUCCUGGCCAAAUGCGUGAGGAAGGUGCUGCGUUUCGCGAGUGGCGUCGCCAAAAUGCUAUUAAUCUAGAGGAAAAGGAAAAGAAGGAAAGGGAAAUGCGGAAUCAGCUUAUUUCUGAAGCUGAUGAAUUCAAACGAGCUUUCAUUGAGAAAAGACAGAAGAACAGAGAAACCAACACAGCUCAAAACAGAGAACGAGAAAAGCUAUACUUGAUCAACCAAGAGAAGUUUCAUAAAGAAGCAGAUCAACAAUAUUGGAAAGCAAUAGCGGAGCUCAUACCACGUGAGGUGGCCAACAUUGACAAAAGAAGAGCAAGAAAAGAGAAAGAAGACGAAAAGAAACCGGGAAUUGUGGUAAUUCAGGGCCCAAAACCCGGAAAACCAACCGAUCUUUCCAGAAUGAGACAACUUUUUAUGAACUUAAAGCAAAAUCCUCCUUCCCACAUGUUACCACCCGAAAAAGAUUCCAAAGAUGAUUCUAAGCAAAAUGCUAUGAAUUCCAACAAUGGUCUUCCUGAUUCCAAUUCCAAUGUUUCUGGUGCAAUUGAAAAACCGGUGGAAUCGACUCCAAAUGCAUGACUCAUAACUACACAUAAGCAUUUUCUUUCUGUUGUGUUUGUUUUUUGACUUGAAAACUCGAUUUUCUAGCCCCAAAAAAACGAUUUUGUUUGGUUUUCUCUCGUUU